CGCGAUGAAAAGUGAACUAUUUGAAAGAAAAAUGGCGGAAAAACAUACUGGAGCUGCACAAGACAGUUGCUGCACUGUCGCCGUUGCUGGUGAUUUUCCAGAUGAGGGCAACUCGCUGACAUCAACAUCGAAUAAACGCUCGUCCACAAGCCCCAGCACAGUUCCCCCAAACAAAUCUCGCCGUACCAUUGCCCCCACCACAUCGAGGCCAGACGCUGGGGAAGGCCAGUCAGAGAUGGACAAACUAAAAAGGCAGACAGAAGUCACAGAGGGACCUUCGAGUCUCACUGCACGGAGGAAAUCCUGGAGGAGAGCAACCAUAACCCGACGCUCUCUCCCAGCCCUCCCCCACCCAUAUCAGGUUUUGUCCAGGAGCAUAAGUGCAUCCAUACCACAACAAGAGAGGCUCGAGGAACUGGAGGAGGCUUCAAUGAAGAUGGCAAUAGAAAGAACUCAGAAUUUGCUGCAAUCAGUACCGAACAGCUCACUGGAGUCCUUACAAAAACAAGUUGAGCACAUGGAGAAAGAUUGGGGACAUCUUACUAAAAUAAUACGCAAAGAACCAGGGAAUGAUGAACCCUCUGCCAAAGCAGCCAGUGAUCCUGCAGUUCAUAGAGCCAGCGAAAAGUUACAGAAGGCUAUCAAUAGGCUGCAGGCUGAAAGUGAAUCUUGGGAGGCACUGUUGAACAAACACAGGAGUAAAGCAGAGGAACUGGCGAGGAAAGUGGAACGGGGCCAGGAAGGAGGCAUACCAUUAGACUCAGCAUCUGUGGCCCAGUCAUCACAGUACCAUUGCAUUCAGAGCAAACCCGACUACAACGCUCUGCUCCGUCGACAACUGCCCAUGCUUCACACUAUGACAAUGAUUAUGGACACUCAAAGUAAGAUGGUUAAACAGCUUUCAUCCAUCAAGGAGCAGUUGCAGUUAUUGGUGAAAGAGACCAGUGGCAGAUUGGCGGCAGAGGUUGGAAUCCAGGAUUCUUUGCCUGACCUCAUCAGGAAUUUCAUGGCUGCACCUUUACCCUCGACAACUACAUAGUCCCUUUUGGAUGGAGGCAAGCACAAGCAAUCGAUCAUCUAAUUGGUCAUGGCUCAUUACGGAUUAUUGAUGAAGCUCAUAUAUUUGUGUACCUUCUGGUAAAUUCACUGACAUGUGAUUUGAAAACUUUCAUUGCCAAGUCUUUUUUCGUCUGGUAUUAUUAUAUAGAUUUCUUUGUCAGGAGAUUCUUCUCACUUCUGACUUCUGCAUGUUUGACUGUGGCAAUAGUUCAGUUAGUCCAUGUGUUUGACCAGCAGGUGGCAGUGGCUGGCUAUACAAUGUUAUAAGAAGCUUGGAGAAAGGCCAGAGUGGAUUUUUCUGUUAGGCCUUCAUUCAUUGUAUUACCUGUAAAACCUGAAGCUGUUAAGAAUUAAGGAACAGGCAAAUGUUUCCCAAACCUUUGUAAAAACAUCCCCCCAAAACAAGUAAUUGCUCCUUGUUCCUGAAAUAAAAAUAUAUAUAAUCUCUAUAUUGGGAACCAACUUGACUGUUUCUUAAAAAAUUGAGUCUGACAAUUGUAUUGGAAGGACACUUUAAGUGGUUUGAUUACUACACAUUUUUGAAUAUACUAAAAAGACACGCAAAGAGAAGCUGAACCAUGUUGGUGUGUAUACAUAAUGUUAUUAAACCUGUGAAGAAACGCCAAUGUAUUAAUUGAAAUGUACUUAGUCAACUUUGACAAAUAUUGAAUAUAAGGUAUCAAUAAAGUCUUUUUUAUGUACAUCCUUUUUACACACUCAUCCCCAGUUACAUUUAUUCUCUCUUUGGUGCUGCAUCUAUUUCACUUCAUCAGUGUCCCCUGACCAUUCAGGAGGAGGCCCCUCCCCCACCGUGACUCACCCCCAUCUCUUGCAUUUGGCUGGGUCACUGAUGCAGAACGAAGCUUUGACAUUGUACCAGUCAGUCAACGCUUUGUUCACUAUCACUCCUAUCACUUGGACUCAUUAAUGUUCAUACUUAAUUUUUCUCUGAUAACAGAGAAGAAUCCCCCUUUUAACAUCGACAACAAUACAUUGAGUGUGAAUGACUCCCUGCUCUGCAGUUCUGAGCUCCAACAUGGGGUAUGCUGAAUUUGUCUUGUUAUUGUAUUCAAGGGAGCGACUAGAGAGCAGGGGACAAGCACAGAGAAGACAAGCAGGGUUGU